AUGAUGACUUUCAAUAUCCUUUACUUAUUUCUUCAUUUUGCUUACCUGAGCCCUGUCAGAUCAGCUCAGACUGAUGCUUGCAAGCUCUGCGAUUGUCGUGGAGUAAGUCUUAUAUGCCCUGGACAGACACGAAUCCCCGGAGCACCUGGGAUGGAUAUGUCAUUAUCCCAUUUCUUUUUUAAAGUUAUUCCAUCAGAGGUUUUUCAGACUUUCCACCAAGAUAUCUCAACAAUAGCAAUAUCUCAAAGUGAUUCUCUUGAAAGAAUACACAAUUACGCAUUUUCCAAUCUUCCUAACCUCACUGAAUUAACAAUCCGGAAUACAAAACAUUUGGUCCAUAUUGGACGUGGAGCCUUUGAAAAUCUACCAAAACUAAAGUAUUUGAGCAUUUGUAAUACAGGAAUGAGAAAAUUUCCAGAUGUCACGAAAAUCUUUUCAUUCGAGUUAAAUUUCAUUCUGGAGAUUUAUGAUAACUUGCAUAUAACUACAAUACCGGCCAAUGCCUUUCAAGAAAUGAACAAUGAACCUUUGACAUUAAAACUUUUCAGGAAUGGAUUUGAAGACAUACAAAGCUAUGCAUUCAAUGGAACAAAGCUGGAUCAAUUGUUUCUUAAUGACAACAACAAUCUGAAACAUAUUCAUAAUGAUGCCUUGAAGGGAGCUAUUGGACCAAAUCGAUUAGACAUUACAUCAACGCGUCUGGACAAACUUCCUAGCCGUGGACUGGAAUAUAUUCAGGUGUUGGUUGCCGAAAAAUCCUACAACCUAAAAAAGUUACCUGCUCUUGAUAAGCUUUCUAGCUUAGUGGAGGCUCGACUAACAUACCCUAGCCACUGUUGUGCCUUCACCAAUAUGCGAAUAAGAGAGCAAAAUGCUCCUCUCUCUUACUUUGAAAAUUUAACAAAGCAGUGCGACAUGAUGCCAAGGAAUCAAACAAAUGAUACAAACCAUCACUUUGAUUUCCCAACAAAUCUUACUCUAACGACAAGUGGGGAAAAAAAGGUAUUCUCUGUUUUUUUCAGUGCCGAGAUGACAGCAGACUAUGAGUUCCUAUGUCAACCCAGAACACUCAGAUGUAACCCAGAGCCAGAUGAUUUCAAUCCAUGCGAAGACAUUAUGGGAUAUAACUUCCUUCGAGUGUUAAUUUGGUUUAUCAGCAUACUUGCUAUUGUAGGCAAUGCCAUUGUACUCUUUGUUCUGCUGACAAGUCAUUAUAAGCUUACCGUUCCGCGUUUUCUCAUGUGCAAUCUGUCCUUCGCCGAUUUUUGUAUGGGAAUUUAUUUAUUGCUUAUUGCGUCUGUAGACUCUAAAACAAGGUCUCAAUACUACAACCAUGCGAUUGACUGGCAAACAGGGAGCGGCUGCAGUGCAGCAGGCUUUUUCACUGUAUUUUCAAGCGAACUCUCAGUGUACACACUGACCGUAAUCACCAUUGAAAGAUGGCACACUAUAACGUAUGCAAUGCAACUAGAUCGCAAACUCCGUUUAAGACACGCCAUUUCGAUCAUGGUGGGUGGUUGGGUAUUCUCGCUUCUAAUUGCUGUGUUGCCACUUUUUGGGGUUAGUAAUUACAUUAAAGUCAGCAUAUGCCUUCCGAUGGACAUCGAAACUGCCCUUUCACAAGCAUAUAUUAUAAUAAUCUUAGUGCUCAAUGUCAUCGCAUUUAUUAUUAUUUGUGCCUGCUACAUCAAAAUUUACAUAGCCGUUCAAAAUCCUGAGCUUGCGCCUACAAACAAGGACACAAAAAUAGCAAAAAAAAUGGCAGUACUCAUCUUUACAGAUUUUACAUGCAUGGCACCAAUAUCAUUCUUUGCCAUUUCCGCGGCAUUUAAAGUCCCACUCAUCACCGUGACGAAUUCGAAAAUCUUGUUAGUCUUGUUUUAUCCUGUAAACUCAUGUGCAAAUCCAUUCCUAUAUGCAAUUUUUACAAAAGCUUUCAGAAGGGAUUUUUUUUUGCUAAUGAGCAAGUUUGGCUGUUGUAAGACACAGGCGGAACUUUACAGAGUGAACAAUUUUACCAACUACACCUCCAACUGUAAAACUGACAGUUUAAGCAAUGGACCAAAGAAAACCUCACGUGCCGAUGUACAUCUGGAAAACAUUGAUUGUCAGUAUUUAAAGGUAAUGGACAAACCAGAACAUAUGGACAGUUAGCAAUGGCUAGAAUGUAUCUGGAGCAUGUGGGCAGUGGGUACUAUACUUUACUGCAAUACAGUAUGUGUA